AUGGGAGCGGAAGAACCAGUUCGAAAAGAACCUCCCCAUAGCGGUACUUCGGUUGAGGGGGAGAAUCUAUCCUCUUCAAAUGAGCAGGACUCACAUAUUCAGGGGGAGAAUCCAAUUAUUGACGCACCCGAAAGCCCCUCUGCACCAGAAAGUCCUGUUGCACCCGAAAGCCCCUCUGCACCCGAAAGUCCUGUCGCACCCGAAAGCCCUUAUGCACCCGAAAGCCCUGUUGAAGAAAGAUUUCUUGGCUCAUCAUCUAUUGAGGGGGAGAAUUCCGAUAUGCUCUAUGACGAUGACAUUCAAUCAGAGUUGGAAGAAAUGGUAAAUGCUGAAUUGAAUCCUUCCUACGAUCCAAAUUAUCCUCCUCUCACCAAAUGGACCAGAGAUCAUCCUUUAUCUCAAGUAGUGGGUGACGCAUCAGAGAAUGUUCUAACUCGUUCACAACUGAAGGCGAAACAGGCUGCUUUGUUCUCCAAAGUAGAGUUCUGCAUCUUGGGUUCGUUAGCCAUUGUUUCUAAAGGGAAAGGUUUUGUUAAAGAAGAAGAGGAAUUGGAUCUUGCUGACUACGAUUUAACCGGUGAAGAGUAUGCCCUGAUGGUGUCUAAUCCUAGAAAGUUCAUUAAAAGAUAG